CAGUUCUGGAUCAGGAGUCACACCCGGAGACACGGGGCCCGUCUGCCCGGUGUCAGGGGUGAGUUUGCCGGGGAAGUUAACCUGCCUCACCCGUGUUAACCAGCGCACACAUUUGCCCGCUAAUCUCUUCAAAGCCUCUCGCGCACAUCUGACUUUCAAAUCCGAGUGUUUGUCUUGAAAAUGGGCUCUAAUCCCGAUCCAGCCCGACCCGACCCAGCCACACCAGCACCUUUAAAAUUCAUUGGCGAUUAGCGGAAACAGUAACGAGGCUCUUUCUCAUUCAUGGCGCUUGUGUAAACAACAGGCUGUGAUUGACAGGUGAGGUCUGUGAUUGACAGCUCUCAAACAGGUCAGGCCGAGCGCGGUGGUUCUCAUUUUUUAAAGCGCGCGGUGGAUUCUGGCAUGCCGCUGUUGAUCGAUAGUUACACUAACCAGCGUUUAACAUUAGUGCACUUACUGUCCGAGAGGCUCCAUUAAUUUCUCCUGUAGUUCUGAAACACUCAUAUUUUGCUUUGCCAUCACAAAAAAAGGCAUUUUCCCGAGCACAAAAUAAAUAUAUAAAUGAAAAGCGCAGGGUCUCGUGCUCUCAGGGACUAAUUGAAUUGUGUUUGGGUUGGUUUGGGUUGGCUGACAGUAAUCGCAUCCGAUGGUCGGGCCAUUAAAGCGAGGCGCGCUCGUCUCCCGGUGACCGAUCACUGCUGAAUGCAGAUUGAGCUAAUGAGAGAGAGAGAUUGAUGAGAGAGAGAGAGGGGAUGAAGGAUCAGGAAAGGAUGAGACGCGACCCGUCUGCGUCACGCACGAAAACAGGAGCCGGUGACCCGCGUGAAACCCGCCGGGCGCGCAGCGGGUGCGCCAGAGAAGACGCGAUUCAAGCGCUCUGUGUUUGCGAUUUAGUACAAACAAAACUUUGACCAUUUAUGUAGGCUCAUUUUAAGACAAAGUCUUAAAAUCAGCAGUUAUAUAAAAAAUAUCCACUUAAGCAAAAUAAAUAAAAUAAAAUAAAUACUGGAUUUUAAUAAAGUGAAAUAACGCUAAAUCUGUCUCGUCAACAUUUAUUUUUCAUUACAUAUGUAUGAUGUAAAAUAUCAAAUCAACGGUGAGUUGAAUUAGACAGUUCAUUUGAUUUUACUUUGUUUUUAUUUCGUUAAUGUUUCAUAUUAAUUAUUGGCAUCGAUGUUUCCAUAAACAUCCAUAUAAUCUUUCCAUUGCACAAAAAGUUCUUUAUAGUGGAAAAACGAUUAAAAUCUUUUAGAAAAAAAUGGUUGUUUUCUUUAACCCAGAAUGAUUCUUUUAUGACAUCACUGCAUUAAAAACCCUAUAUUUUUAAUUACUUUGGUAUAUUGCCUUAGUUAAUUUGCAUAUUAAAUAAUGUCAUCUUUAAUGUUUGCUAUUAGCUAACAAUGAAAUCUCAAAUCAAAUGGAAUCUCGCGCGCACACAGGUGACUCCGGAGCUCUUCUCAGGUGUUUACGGAGAUGAACACGUGCUGAAAGGUUUCAUUCAAACCGUCCCGGUGUCCGCGGCGACUUGUUGCUGUCGUGUGUAUAUCGUCACGUCCCGGUACAGACGUUAAUGCGCGCGGGUGAUGCGGAUGAUGCGGCCGCUGACGGAUGGAGUUUGAGAGGCGCGUCGGCUCCGCCGCCGUUCACCCUAAAUCAGCCAAAUGCGCCGUGACGCGCCCGCCCGGGGCCGCGCCGGGAUAACCAGGUUACACGCGCACAGAGAGAGAGAGCGGGUUACAGGGUCAGAAGUCAAAAGUCAAAUGAAUCCAUAUGCCUAAAAAUUACACAUUCAGCUGCAUAAGAAUUCAUUUUGUCCCUGACAUGCGCUUAUUACUGCGUAAUUUUGAAAUGUGAAUUUUAUUGUUUGAUUAAAUAUGCUCAUUUAAUGUAUAACGUGCUUUUUAUUAUUUUUGAAAGAGUUUGUGUGGAUUGAUCGCAUUUAACAUUCUUAUAAAAUCGUUUGAAAUGUGUGUAAUAGUAAUUGACAGCAAACAGAUGCGCGUGACCAUGAGCAGCAGGUUUCCGUCGAGUCAUUUCUGAUGAAUAAACGAAAGCAAUUAAGUCAACCUUAAUUAGUAUUUCACCUGAACCCGCGUUUAUUUUAUUUUACGAUCAUUUUACUUUAUUUAAACGCAGUGUUGGUCCUUCUGACAACUCAAGGGGGUUUAAAUAAAGGCCAUUAUUCGCGAAAUCAAAUUAAACUUCAUCUCACACUACCACCAGAGCCACAUUAAAGCUAAAACAAUCCCACAAUUCAUUUAGCACGAGCUAGAACGGACCCAUUUACCCGCUCUUGAAAACUUGCCCAUUCUCGCCUUAAUGGCAUUAGUCUUAAUAGCCAUUAAUAGUCAUUUAUUUAGAAUUAUAUUUGCGCGCGCGCGCACUCGCGAGGGUGAUGCCCGCUUCAGCUCUGUUCGAGAAAGGAAUAAAACGGCUAUAUGUAAAAAAGAAGGAGCGAAAGAUGAAAUAGUUAUAAAACGGCUAUAUGUAAAAAAGAAGGAGCGAAAGAUGAAAUAGUUGAGAGAAGAAGAGCAGGGUCGUGCUGGAAAGGGUUAACGCGGAGGUGCAUUAGAGAUGCAUGGAGGAGCAGAGGGGAGGAGGCGUUCAGCACUGAGACAUUGUCAUGCAAACAGAGACCACCGCCUCGCCAUUGUCUCCCGGACACCAACUUUAUUAUAAACACACCGCGAGCCGCCCGGCGCAGCAGAGCACCGGAACACCGGCACCGACAGACUCCCGCGAGGACACUCCAGCGCAGACAGCGACUCCCUCUCUACACCGCGUUCCGCUGGACUUCUAGCGGACAUCCCGACCCACCUGCUCGAGCGAGAUUCACCCACACCUGCGUCUCCAUCCGCCCUCCACAUGUACAAAAUGGAUUACUCGUAUCUGAACACAUAUGACUCGUGCAUGGCGGCGAUGGAGGCGUCGGCGUACGCGGACUUUAACUCGUGCAGUCAGACCAACACGUUCCAGUACAACCCCAUCCGGACUGGCUUCAGCUCCAACCCGGGCUGCGCGCCGCUCGGUUCGGCCAGCUGCACUCUGGGCGCGCUGAGAGAGCACCAGCCCGCGCCCUACUCCACAGUUCCGUACAAGUUCUUCUCGGAUCCGUCCGGACUGAACGAGAAGCGGAAGCAGCGGCGGAUCCGCACGACCUUCACGAGCUCUCAGCUGAAGGAGCUCGAGCGCGUGUUCGCGGAGACUCAUUACCCGGAUAUUUACACGCGCGAGGAGCUCGCGCUGAAGAUCGACCUGACCGAGGCGCGCGUGCAGGUCUGGUUCCAGAACCGACGGGCCAAGUUCCGUAAACAAGAGCGCGCCGCCAACUCUAAAGGAGCGACCGGCAGCAGCUCCAGCACCAAGAAGCCCGGAGAGAAUCGUUCUUCAUCUGAGGACGACGAGUCCAAAGAGUCCACCUGCAGCCCGACGCCCGACAGCACGGCAUCCCUGCCCGGCUCCGGGAACAUGGGCAGUCCCGGGGCGAGCAGCCUCAGUCCCAGCCCCGUCUCUGGCUCCUCCUUCAGCAACACCUCCAUCUCACCCUCCAUCCACCAAGGCCUGAAAAGCUCGCCGUGGCCCAGCAUCGGCUCCGGCGCGGCGGCCGGUGUCCAGACGCAGGACCUGCUGAAGGCCUGGCAGCCCGCGGACAGUAUGGCGACCGGUCCGUUCGCCGGCGUUCUGUCCUCCUUCCACCGGAAACCAAACACAAUCAAGACCAACCUCUUCUAGUGCGUCUCGUCACUCCGUCUGCUGCUGGUUUAUUUGCGUAUCGAGCUCCUGAUGUUCAACGGCUCACACUUCAGUAAGGUCUCGUGUGUUGACGUUAGUUAAUGAGCAACUAAAAACCCAGUGUUGGGCACUUGAAAUUAUUGAGUUGAGUCAAAGUAAAUGAUCGAAAAUGUGUUCGUACAACAUAGUGAGAAUAAAAGGUUAUAUAUGGGGUAAUUUUAUAGAUUUAUUUUUAAUUAAUUAAUUUAGUUUUAAUUUUAAUUCAAUUGUAUGAAUUAAGCAACUCAUAAACAUACUUUAUCACUAGAAAAAAAUGAAAUGACCCAUUAAACAUUAAAGUAUUAAGAUGUUUCUCCUUAUAUAGAAACUUUUUGGCAUAAAAUUGAGUCGAGAACCCUACACUGUAAAAAAAUAUUUUCAUGAUUUGUUAUCACAGCAUUUUUUCUUUUGUCAAAUCAACUUAAAUAAUGUGGUUCAGAUGACAUAAUAUUUUGAGUUUCUGUUGAUUAAAUCAAUCUCCAUCAUUCUAUUAAUUUCAAUGAACUCAAAAAACUAUGUUAUCUGGCUGCCUUAAAAAUUUAACAACAAUUCUUUUUUAGAGUGUGUGUAUAUAUAUAUAUAUAUAUAUAUAUAUAUAUAUAUAUAUAUAUUUAUAUAUAUAUACACACAUUUGUUUUAUUAUUGUAUGUAUAUAUAUUAGGGCUGUCAAGUCAAGCAAUUAAAAAUUGUAAUCUAAUUAAUUACACAAUGUGGCAAUUAAUUAAUCUAAUUAAUCGCAAAUUAAUUAAUUAUAUCAAAUUUGGCUGAGAAAUUACCCCCAUAAGAUAAUUUUAAGUGAUUAAUGUGUUAAAAAAGUAAGUUCAAAUUAAAAAUUUGAGUUAAUACAAUGAAGGUGAUUGGUUCAAUCAACAGAAACUUAAAAUAUUAUGUUAUCUGAACCACAUCAAUUAUUGAAGUAAGGUUAACUAAUUAGAAUUUACAGUAAAGUAAUACUUCUACAGUAUGUAAUAAUCUUAGUUAACAUCAUUUUUAACAUCAAAAGUUGUAUUUGUUAACUUAUGUUAAAAAUUAACAACCUUUAACAUCCACAGAACUUUUCUGUUCCACAAAAGGUUCUUUAGAUUAAAAUAGUUUAGAUUAAAAUAGUUAAAAAAUGGUUCUUUUGAGCUUUUGAACUAAUGAACCAAUGAGCAACUGACAUUAAGAACGGUUAAUAAAUGCUGUAAUAAUAUAUUUCUGGUUAUUAGCUCAUGUUAAGUAAUGCAUUAACUAAAGUUAACAAAUGAGACCUUAUUGUAAAGUGUUUAAUUUAUUGUCAUGUUGAACUCGUGGGUGCUUCUGUUGUGUGUGUGUGAGAGUGUGUGAGUGUGUGUUUGUUCUACAGCUGCAAUCUUUUCCUCUUUAUGGUCACGAGAGGAUCUUUAACCCUGAAGAUCUGCAUCAACAGCGCUUGAAUGAAUUGUAAUUGUCAGUAAAUUAGAUCUUCAUUUCCUCGUAAAUGAAGGUCCAGAAACAUUGUCCAGCAGGAGCUUCAGAACAACAAAUCAAUUCUUACAUGUUGAACCCGCAUAGAAACGUCUGUUCUCUGUCUGAUGAAUCUAUCACUAAAGAAAGAGUGUGUGUGUGUGUGUGUGACCCCAGAAACAAGCAUAGUUAAGCCACUUGUAGUUAAUUUAUUGAAGGGAAAAAAAAAAAAAAAAUGUUGGGAUGGUUUUUUUAAGCUAGGCUUUUAUUGAGAAAUAUUUUGUAAAUAUUAAUAUAAAUACAAUGUAGUUUCUUCUUUUUUUAAUGUUUCAGUGCACGCCAUGUGUUUCAUGAAUGAUCUGCUGUAUAUAAUCCAUAAAAAUGACAAAAUAAAGAGUUAAAAUGAA